AUGGCCACGUUUUGGGAAAGUGUGUCAUUCACAUGCUCAGGAAGGAACGUUUGGACUAAUGUACAACAUAAUGACAAGUACUUUUGUAGAACUCCAUGCACUGAAAACACACACAUCAUCCUCAAAGCAGCAUCUGGAAAGACUACAAAACGAAACAGAAUAGAAAUAACUAACAGAGGAAAUGAUUUAUUUGUGACCUUCACUAAUCUCCAAAAGUCAGACUCUAACACAUAUUACUGUGGAGUGGAGAGGAGUGGUCGUGAUUCAUAUAUAAAGGUGAAUCUUCUCAUUGAUGAGGCUCCUAAAAAAACUCCAGAAACAGUGAACAUUUUUCCCACUCUCUCAUCAGCAGUGUCAAACAGCUCAGAUAAUAUCCCUGAUGUUUCUGCAUCUAACUCGACCAUUAAUACUGUGACACCUACUGCACCAGCAACACAAGGAGCCGGAAGUGCAUCAUAUUUGAUUGCAGGCCUUAUUUCAUUAAUGACCUUAGUUAUGGUUGUGGUGCUGCUUACCAGGAAGCUGAUGAAGACAGGACAGAGAGGCCUUGAUGUUAGCUCCCCACACGAGGAAAUAUACGAGGGCGAACGGCCUGAUGAAGUCUACCAAUCCCUCCACCCGUUGACAAUGGAUGAAGACCAAGUCUACAGCUCUCUCACACCCACCAGGGGGGAUUGCACUUCUCACAGCUUAGCCACAACUUCAGAUGAUCACUGCAGCAGAAGAUAAUGAUUAGCUUUGUGUCAUGUAAAAUACAAUUAAAAGAAACAUUUCCCCUCUGUCCUG